AUGUUGAUGCACUGGAAAGACAGAGAAGGCAACUGUGCAACCUACGGGGUUUUGUAUAAUGCCUUAUGUGAUCCAUACGUAAAUCACCAUGAUUUAGCAUAUAAGUUCUGCAUUGCUGCGAGCUCUUCUUUGGUGAGUACUUUAAGUAGCCGUGUUGUCACUCAAUUUAGCCAGAUUCUUUAGCCAUUGGUUAUAUAAGUCCUGUUCGCCAAUGAAUAACCGCAUAAAAGGGAAGGAACAUUUCAACAACACUUAUCAUUCGGAAACUCUAGACAGGCUCUUUGAUGGGAACAUUUUUCUACUUACCCCAGGCUCCCGCGAACCUCCAGUUUACAGAGGUAAAUCCAGGAAUUUUCGUUAAGAAGGAUCCAAAGUGAACACGCCGUCAAGGCAGUCAAUCUCAAUAACCAUGAAAAUAUGGAUUAUUGUGGGCACUGUAAUUGAUGAAAAUCUAACUUGAAAGCCUCGUUUCAGCUCACUAAAAAGUAAAUUUUUAAAACAAAAAAAUUGGAAUCAUGUUUAUAGUAAGGCCCUGAUUUUUAACUAAAUGAGUGACCAAAACAUUAUAUUAUUGUGCUUGUUUACCCAUACAUCCAUUACUUUUAGUUAAAGAUUAUCGGUCAAAAAUUAUCCUUCAAGGCUAUCUAGAAUUUUAUUACUAGAAAAGAGGGCAGUAGAGGGCUUUGUUCACGCUAUACCGGAACCUAACCGGAUAGAUUUUGCGCCGUAGGAGCGAAACUAAUCUACAGUUUCCGCUGAGGAACAGGCCUCAAAGGUAUGUAAGGAAAUUGUAAAAAAAAUCUUAGUUAAUAUUUUUGAGUUCUUGAAGUUAUGUUCUCUUCCAGCUGCAGAUCGGCCCUUCCUCAUCGCGUGGAAGCUUUUCUCAAAUUGAGGAUAGAGGUAAUUGACCAAACGCCUGCCUGUUCCAGGCUCUUUAGGUGAAUUUCCACUGUCGCGUAAUUUUUACGUGCGUAGGCGCUUUUAUAAAAUAGACACAAUUUAUGGAAGGUCACGCGUAGACGUGAAAGUUGAACCUCGCUCAGUGGAGGGGAACCAUGUAUUUGGUGAUCCCUUUCCUAACACCAGGCAAGCCACAAAGGUUGCUAGAGGAACUACUGAUAUAUUAUUUUUAACGUUACGAAGGUAAGGGACGUCGGGAAAACUAAUCUCAUCCCCAGACCCCUCUACCUGUUUCCUAGAAAAACGCCCUGGGGAAGAGGUUGCGCGAGAAUCGAAGCACGUCAGAAAAUAACACCUCCCGUGCUAGCUUUCUCGAUCCGCUGCUGGAACAUGCUAGCAAAAGGCUUAGGCCAAGGCCAAACGUCGAACUUUUCAUGAGAUGAACCAAACUCUUAUUUGGAUCGACCUAAAUAAGUGUAGAUCGUUUGUUGGUUAGGACGCGUCGAAAUAAAUUGAAUUAGACUGAAAAGCAAUAUCAGCUGGCCAGCGGGUGUUCAGUAAUAAAUUUUCUCCCGAACGAGGCUAAAUAUACAUUACCAUACAAAAUUAUCCAUUUGCACGAUUGCGUCAUUUUAUUACUACGACCAGAAUCCUUUUCGUUUUUCCUUUCAUAUUUAAAUUUGGUCAUCCCAGCGAGGUGUAAAGAACAAAAGCCUUAAUUUUCACAAGGAAACAAAGCCCUGAAGGAGUCUGCUCUUAGUGGUAAAAUGACGUCAUCGUGCAAAUGGCCUAUUUUUGAUAUAUUUAUAGUUUAGUUCGUCGCAUGUGAAGAUCGACAUUUGUCUCGGAGACAAUCUUCAGAUGUCUGAAGCAGGACGAACUUAACUGAGCCAGAGGUCGAAAUUUUCAUAAACUUAAGUCACCAAGUUUGGUUUGUCUCAUGAAAAAAUCGACGUUUGGUCUAUGCCCUAGUUUUUUUUAUCCCUGUUACAUAAUAAUAAACUUAUUGUUCAUUCAAAAUACAAUUCGUAUUUUAGAAACGUGCUUACCACGAUUGCUGUAAAGUUGCUGUCUUCAUUUGCUUUUUUCUCAGCAAAUUCAGAUUAUAAAAGAAUGUUGUGCGUCUAGCAGAUAUUCUUCAUGUCAUCUUCAUGUUAUUUUUGCUGUUCUUGCUAUGUUUAUUGACAGUAGUGCGUCUAUUUCUUUGAAAAACGUGUAAAAUUUUCUAAAUUCUCUGCUAUUUUCUCUAGUUCUCCAAAACGGCUAAGCUAAACUUGUCUCCAGCAGCGUCCAACGAGGAUUCAUGGUUGCAGGACACUACAGAUAGUUAACAUUAUUAAACAAAUCUAAAUUUUGUUUCAAGUAGAUUAUGACUUGGCUAUAUCUAUGUAUGUUUCACAAUAAUAAGUUAGUUUUGAAAUUGCCUAAUAAUGCAUGACUUAGCAUUGGAGAAACUAGUCUCCUACACAGCCGUUUUUAGGGUCGUCACGCAACGCUCCUCCCCACAAACGCGACCGAGAAGGGAAAGACGACUGUUCAAAAUUUCUCAGAUAGGAGAGGAUAUAAAUGAGUAAGAAAGUGUUAAAGCUUAUCUCGAUCGAACGGGUUUUUUUUCGGACCGACCGGUUAGAGUGAUGGGAAUAAGAAGGUUAAUGAUAAUCAUUGUAAACUUUCCAUUGUCUUCCAGCAAUUGCGUAUUCGCAGCAAUUGUUGAUUGAGAAGUUAAUGGACAUUUUGAAUUUAACUCUGUUGUGCUUGAUGGAAGUUCCAGCUGAGAAUCAGGCUGAGAAUUAUGUUGUUAAAUUAACAUGACAAAAGAUUGCAUAUUUUCAGACGAAGAAUUUUUUAACUUGCGUUUUGAAGAACACGUAAAUAAACUGAUAAAAAAAAAAAAAAUGUCAGGAAAUUUUUCUUGCAUUAAGGAUAACCUCUUUUUAUUUAUUUUUACGCGCUUUUUCUUUUUUUCUCUUUUUAAUUUGUACCAUGCGAUUUCUUUCAAAAGUUCUGAAUGUUAACCGGAUAACUUCAGAUGAAAAAUUUUAUUAAAAUGUUGAUUUUUGGCUCGUUAUAGUAAUGGUUUUAGUGUGACCUUUACACAUGUAAAAGUGGAAAAUAGUAAGUAUUGGCGGAGAAAUCACGGUUUUUCGUUUGUAGCGGAAGUAAAAGUUAUUCAUUUGAUUGGUAGCCCUAUAGUGUUUUUCGCGGGAAUUUCCAUGGCUGGCGAAUGAAUAAUCGGGAUUGUUUUUAGUUAGCGACUCGAUGCAGCGUUCUUUUCUUGUUGUUUUGAUUUUUGUCCAUGGCCAAGUUCAAAACAGCGGAGAAAGUGAAGGGUGAAAAGGAAUCUCAACGAACAACGACACAACAUAAGAAUAUUUAGGAAGCAGCGGAAAGAAAUGUCUUUUUAAAAAGACAUUUUCGAUAGGUAUUUGACAAUAACAACAAAUGAAAAAGAACGUUUCCACCAUUCAUUUUAGCUAAGUGGAGCGCUUCAUGUUUUCUCACAGUAGUAGAGUCAGCCUACAUAAAAUUAAAAUCAUAAAUUAUUUGCCGAUGUUGUAUCGUGGUUAAAAUUAUAUCCUCUCUCUAUGUUAAUUGUUGGCUCAGUAGAAGCCCUUUGCCGCCGAAGUGUCUUUCUUCUUUUCCUUCUACCGGCCGGUUUGGUUUUCGACUGAGCGGUGACUGCAUUUGUUGUCUUCCAUUUCCACAGUCGUGAAAAGAAAAGUUGAUCUCACUAUUGAUCCCAUUGCAAACGUGGCUCGAAAGUCGAAACGCGAAGCUGUUUUAAAAUGAAAAGUGCGCGGAAAUUAAAGGAUGUUAGUAGGAUAUACAGGCGGUAGCCAAAUUUUCUGUGCAAAUGAGAAUCGUUUCUUAUGCAGAUUAGGGUCGUUCGUUCGAGGGCAGUUGAACCUGAGUGAGUGAGCCCGUGGCACGUGGGAUCGCGCGUGGAGGGGUGUCACGUGAUCAGAUGGCGUGGAAAUCGUGCGUGGUUGCGUGUCAAGGUCGGAAUGUCUUCGGAAAGGCAGUAACUCUUCCGGGUAGUGUAGGAGCAGCUCGGAAGGUCUCUCCUAAUUGGUCACAGAAAACAAUGUUGUUUUUCUACAAAGUCGCUAGCGUGUGGGGUUAAGCAUGUAUUGUGAACCUUUGCCUGCAUUCAAGGGAUAAGUAAUUGUCACAUCAACCCAGAGUCUACACAAGCCACCCACACUUGACUAACCACAACAUUAACUCCGCACUCAACUGAAUACAAUUGACUGGUCAUGAGCUUUUCACAGAGCUCAAAAGUACUCACUGUUUACUCGUUGUUGCUCUGAGCUGCUCUUUGAUAACUCAGAGUUGCUCUGAGUUAGCUUCAAAGGAGCUGGCGACUAACGUUCUAUUUUUUUCAACAGUAACAAACGGCUAAGACGAAGUUUGUACAAAAUAAGUGAGCAGCUACUAAAGAAAAUUGAUGCCAGCUAAAAAACUAUAUAUAGAUAUAAAAGCUAUUAAAGUUUUACGAAAAAGAGGGUAAACCCUCUUCUUGUGUGGAUGCAUUACCUCCCCCUCCCAGCCCUCCUUGUACAUGUACGUCCGAGGGUACCAGAACGCCUCGCUGGAGUGCAAACAGUGCAGUGGGAUCUUAAGUGAUGUUACACGAGACGAUUUGAAGCCAGGAUUUUUAGUGCAACACAAUGUUGCAAAAUUGUUGCGACGGUUUUUCGAAUUGCUACGACAUUGUUCCAACAUUGCAACGCUGUAUUGCGCCGGGUAAAAAUCGUCGUCGCGAAUCGUCUCGUGUAACAUCAACUUUAAACGAAAAGGAAAUUAGCUUUUUAAAUGAUGUAAUCGCGUUUUGUUUCUGAGGUACUUAAUUUGUCCACAUCCCCAUGCUAUUUAGCCGCAAAGGAUGCAUUGCCAAUCAAAGGUGAAAUUUCUGACAGGAAAAACAAGGCAUAAAAAAAAAUCACCACAAAAUGGGUGAAAACGGAGAGGGGAAAAUUAACUUCAACAACACUAAAAACAUAGGAAUAUGGUUCAAUUCGAAACACCUGUAAAAUGGAUAGAUGGAUGAAAAGACUAAAGGAGGAACGAGACUAUUUAUCUUUGUUUUUGUUUUUUAGGUGUACAAAGAAUCAAACAUGGUGUAGUGGUUAACGACGAGUUAAAAUUGUUGUCAUUCAAAAUUGAAAACUGGAGAUCCCUAGCUCGACGACUUCAUUUUAUGGAAGCAGAAAUAGAGGCAUUCGAUAAAGAGAAGGAAAAUGUUAAUGAAAAGGUUUACUUGAUGUUGAUCGAAUGGAAAUCAAGAAAAGGCUCCGGUGCAACCUACCAGGUCUUGCAUGAUGCCUUAUGCCAGCCACGUGUAAAUCACCGGGAUUUAGCAGAUAAGUUCUGCAUUGAUGCAAGGCCUUCUUUGGUGAGUACUGUAAAAAGUAGGCGUGUUGUCACUCAAUUUAGCCAGAUUCUUUAGCCAUUAUGUAAAGUCCUGUUCGCCGAUGAAUAACCGCAUAAAAGGGAAGGAACAUUUCAACAACACUCAUCAUUCAAAAACUCUAGACAGGGUCUUUGAUGAGAACGUAUUUCUCCUUUCCCCAGGCUCCCGCGAGCCUCCAGUCUACAGGGGUAACUCCAGGAAUCUUCGUUAAGAGAGGUCCAAGGUGACUGGACACUGUCUCGAUAACCAUAAAAAACAUGGAUUAAAAAUAAUUAUAAGAGUCAUUAAAUACAAUAGGCCACUUCCAAGUUCCAAAAACCCUCACUUUCAAAAUGAGGCUGGUUGCAUAACCUGUCUUGUGAAAAUGAGGUUUAUUUGCAUGAGAAUGAAAAAUGACUUCCAUAUCAAAGGCUGAGCGCCCUCCCUCGUUUUGAAACAGAGACCCGGGGGAACUCGGAAAUGGCUUAUUAUUAUUCAUUCAAAAUAUUUCUCCAAUUCUGAUUGGCUAAAAGCACACGCAUAAUUCACCACAACCAGGUACUGAUGACCAAAUUUGGAAGAAUUUUGCGUUUAACGAACCGAUAACGUCAAAAGUGCAGCUUUCUUGCAGGUUAAUGCACCGUUAACCGAGAAGACCUGGGGACGAGGUUGAGUUGUUUUGGUUGUCAAAACAAAAAUGGCGGAGGUUUCACUCAUUUCAAGAGUAAGAACUAGGCGAAAUUAUAGCUAAAAACAUGACAAGAACAGCAAGAAGACAACUCGAAGGGCCACAUUUGCUGUUUUGAGAAUAUUUGCGGAGCUGAACAACCCUAAACGUGCACUAUCGAAAAUGAACUUAACAUCGAUGGAUCGAUGGAGGUAAGCAUGUUUUACCCAUGUUUUUAAACUGGGAAUUAUUUUGAAUGAAUAAUAAAACAAUUAUUGAAUUCGGCUUUCGUAUCAUAUGAAGAAUUAUGGAGAUCGGGAAGGGUGUUAUCCUCGACGGAUAACACCCUGCUCGAUCUCCAUAAUUCUCCAUAAGAUAAUUGGCCUCAUUCAUUACUGCGCUUUUCAUAACCACGCGAAGUCUGAAGUUCAAAAACCAACUGACAUUUGCGUUUUUCCCUGCCGUCAAUCAUCUUAACGGGCCUCUUAGGAGACAGAACUUUGCUUAAACGGGUUCAAAAGGUCAAGGUUUGUGAUCUAUGAUUGGUGGAUUUCGAUCCGUUUUGUGUGUUUCUGUGUUUCAAGGUUCAUUGCUUGUGAUAGUAAUUAUGAUUGACGGCAGCGAAAAACGCAAUAGUGUAGGCGGCUUUUGAAUUUCAGAGUUCGCGUUUUUGUGAAAAGCGCAGUAAUUGUUAAAUUUGUCAAAAAUAUUAUUUACUGGAGUUUGUGACAAUAAUAAAAUGCUGAACGGAGAGCCCGCUUUUAUUUCAAGGGCAGAUCGGGCAUAAAGGGCAGAAAGGGCACCUUUUUAGCCCUGUGUUUUUUCCCCUGGGCGCGCGUGGAGCUCUGGCGUGUAAGCCGUGCGCGUCGAGUCAGGAAACAAGCCACGACUAAAUUCGACCAAUGAUUUAUUUACAAACUAAUUUCCUAUGUACAAACAUCCGUAACUUCCUAUCCACUUCAUUAUAUAUGGAGGAAGACACUUAAUUAGUAUGCGGGAAAUCCAAAUUAGUAUGCGGGAAGGUAGUGAGCAGGCUUUUAUGCCGUUCAAACAAUAAAAAAUACGGCAACCAACCAGAAUGCUUCGUCAAACGGGACAGCCAAUGAGCGUCUUUCUAAUUCCGGUCAACCUAUCAAAACAACUAUGACAUCAUAGUACCCCGGAAUACAUAUGACAUCAUCUUCCGAAAAUAACUAAAACCUGUCAAACCGGUUAUACCAACCAUGACCGCCACAAGAUAAAUAUAGAACAUGACAUCAUUGAUAAACCCGUCAAACUGGAUAUACUUAAUGAGAUUCCACCGCAAGUUAAUGAGAUACCACAGAAUUUUAUUCAUGAGAUCAAGAAAAUAGCCUAUGACGUCACCUAGUUAAUGUAUUCCUCCCCACCUUAAUGAGAUUCCCCCCAAAAAAGAGGUUAAUUCGGUCCCUCCUAUACUACUACCGCCUGUCAUUUAUCCGAGAUGAAGUCAUCUGUUGAACGCUGGUAUAAGCGUUUACAAUACGAAAAAGAAUUUCCUUUUGUUAGAAUAACUGCUAAAUCUUUUACCACUUCAACAUGUUUUUAUGCCUUUGAACAAAGAGAUGUUCGUUUGACGAUUCCUGCGAAAACCAAAAAACAUUAUGAAGCUUCCCGGAUUGAAAGCAUUUUGAAUCACGGAACAAUAACCGUGUAAUAUCGACAGCCAGCUCUCAUUUCUUUAUCUGCUUUCUAUGUCAUUCUGCUAUGGUCACGGGCUGUUAUUUCUCCUCCGAUCUUAACGUGGUUACCCUGGUAUCUACGUGAGCUUAUCAUGUUUUCAACGGCUUAGUUGGGAAUAGAGGCCCCUCUUCCCUACACAGCACGUUUGGUGUACCGGUGAUGCGUUAAUGACAACCUUUAUCGACUGCUUCCACUUUUACGCUCCGAACGCACAGCUAAACGCAGUCCGUGAAUUGAACAGAGAGUGUUUCUUUAAUUCGAUCUCUCUUUUAAAACGUCAUACACAGUAAUCCAACAACUUUCAGUUACCAUAGGAUCAUGAGAAAAGGAGAUAGUUCUCGCUCCACUAUCAGCCUCUGUUUUAUAGUGCUAACAGUCACUUGCCGUAAAUUUUCACAAGAAAUAGUUAAUCAAUAUACCUGAAACAGACCAGCUACUUGACUUCUGUAGUAAGAGUAGCGGCAAGUCAAAGUUUAGAAUCUUCAUGCACCUUAUAAUCUACCCGAUAGGAAAAAUAAAGAUUUAGGAAAACCUCUGUUCGCUUUCAGCUAGGUAAACUCUAAGGUCACGCUUCACACUAUAACGAGCUUAUGAGUCGUGGUUAGGCCUGUCAGCACUUUAUUUCCUAAAAGAUCAUACAGGUCAUCCUUCGCUCCUGUUCUUAAAAGUUUAGAUGUUGAAAUCAAUCUUACCCCGACGUUCCUAGGAGGGCGGACUUGUUUUAAGUCGUUUGGGGUCGUUCUGAGCCUGGGGGGUACUUUAGGACGUGUUCUGGGUGGGGAUGUGCCGCUGGGACCCUGGAACCCUUAACCUAUACCAGAGCUAGUUCAGCUGAAUUUUGCUACCCUAUACUAGAGUAAACUCCCCAAUUCCCCCCAUCCUAGAGUAGCUGUUGACCUAGUCUAGAUAAAAUCUUCAACCAACUGAUCAGUUUCCUGAAAAAUGAUACCCUAUUCUAGACUCAAAUGCUCUGAUUUAUAUACCCUAUCCUAGAGUAAACUGCUUGAAAACCAUACCCUUCACAGCGGCACAUAGCUAUAUAGCCCAUAUAUGGUAGUACCCCCCCCCCCCCCCCCUUUAGGAAUUUUUGGUUUGGGAUGUUCAGCUGGGAUCCCGGAACCCUUAGCCUAUACUAGACCUAGUUUGGUUCCUCGGUUUAGUAACUACGGCCUUGGGAACGGCGUUGUCAGAGAUCACAGUUGAAUAAGCAUAAUAAUUCAAACAGCUUAAAAAGCUAAUAUAAUGUGAACUGAAAAUGAUUUUUCUGUUUGAACUUAAUCUAUUCGCUAAAGUCAAAUUCCAAGUGAGAUUAAAGCACGGCGUUGUCAGAGGUCACAAUUGAAUAAGUAUAAUCAGGAGCCCAUGGGCUCCUGGUAUAAUAUUGAAAACAGCUUAACAAGCUAAAGUAUGAUAUAAACUGAAAAUGAGUUUUCUAUUGAAUCUAUUCACUAGAGUCAAAUUCCAAGUGAGAUUACAGCACAAGGACCCAGGGCCGUUCGUGCAUUCGAGAAUGCUUUGAAAAAUGGUGAAGUAAAGGUGUACCGCGGUCGAAUCAUGUUUGUUGGUCAGGAUCGAGCGGGAAAGACGAGUUUGAAGAAGUCCUUCCAAGGUCUGCCAUUUAGUCCAACUCAGUGUAGUACCGAUGGAAUUGACGUUGACUGUUUGGAAUUUGAAUAUGAAGGCGAUCAAGUGAAGAACUGGAGAGUUACUGAUGAAACGUUUGGUUUAUCUCAGCACUUAAACGUUCUCGCAAAAAAAGCGGCUGUACAAUUGAAAAAAGAAGAAGAACAAGAAGAACAAGGAGAAGGAGAAGAAGAAGAAGAAGAAGAAGAAGAAGAAGAAGAAGAAGAAGAAGAAGAAGAAGAAAAAGAAGAAGAAGAAGAAGAGGAAGACACAAAACACCAUCUACGGGAUGUGCCAAAAGAUGAGGUCUGUAGAACGAAAUGUGUGCAUAUCAGUGGGUAUAAAGGGAAAUUCAUCACUCCACGCUAACUCACCCACGAAGAGGGCUUGGGGUUGAUAACCCACCUUUGGAUUUUUGCUACUUUAAAUUUUUCAAUAUGUUAAUGAAAAUUAAAAUAUGAAAAAUUAACGUUUCACAGACAGGACAGCCUGUGAUGACCUCUAGAAGAUGAUGCAAGUUUUAUUAUAUACAUGUUUGGCGCUGCUGGGUACCUAUGACGUCACUAAAAUGUCCGCCAUUUGGGAUUUUAACAUAGGACCACAUAGGGAACCCACGCUCUUAUUAGUAAACUGCAAAUGGAAAUUAAAUAAGAGAUAAAAUCUUACCUGUUUUAUCCUCGAAUCUGCUGUGGUGCGAAGUGAAAUGGAAGUUGUUUUACGAUGCGAAAACGAUGUUAAAUUCGCACGCUUUGACAGUUGUUGAUUUCACAAUGCUCUAUGUGGUUUGGCUCGCAUUUCACUGUUGGUGUCAAGCGCCGGUUGUUAUUAUCGUCUCGCGUUUCUUCGUUGAUUGUUAAUUUAUUAACAGUUUGAAUUAGAGUAAGAGAAAAGAGACAAGGGACGAAACUAAUUUGAUGACCGAUUUAUUUUCAAGCCGUACUCAAGUUUUACGGGCGGUUUUUUUCACGAAAUUCAUUCCAACAACAGUUUAAGGGAUAAAAUGUACGGUGGGCCACUUUUUUCUAUUUAAAAUAAAAAUCUUCGUAUUAAAAAUGGUCAUUUAUGAACGCCUCCACUUGACUGAACCGGAAGUUGACUUUGCGUUUGACGUCUGAAAGUUUCUUGAGCUUUUCUGCUUGGUUCUGAGAUUGUUUCAAGUUAGAUUGCAUAUACAUCCAAAUAAGGGCCACAUAAAGCAUUGUGAAAUCAACCCGAAGCGUCGAACUGAACAUCUUUUUGCAUCGUAAAACAACUUCCAUUUCACUUGGCACCACAACAGAUUCGAGGAUAAAACAAAACAGUUAAGAUUUUAUCUCUUAUUUAAUUUCCAUUCGCAGCUUACUAAUAAGAGGUUCCCUAUGAUUUUAACGAAAAUUCAGUUUUAUGGGAAAGAGUUUAAGAAACUAAGUAAAGGCCUAUGCGCUCUAGCAGACAAAUUUGGAAUUGUCUUUGACACAUCUAAACCAAAACUUGUAUGGUGACAUUUUUUGUGUUGAAAAAAUUUAUCCGCACAGGAAAUAGCCUGUUCCAGGCGUUCAGAUAGUAGAGCGCGGCGUUAAGUCUCCCCUCGUUUUUUUUUUCUUCGUGAAAUUUUCUCCCGCGCUCUACUUUCUGAACGCCUGGAACAGCCUACACAGGAAACUAUCUACAACCUCGUCCCCAGACGAGGUUGAACUAUCUACUGUUAACAGGCAGUCACACCUGUCAUUACUCAGUGAAAAGAAUAAUGGCUUUACAACAAAUGAUUAACAACGAUUUAUAGAUUUUUGCAAAAAAAAAAAAAGGGUGGGAAAACCUCACAUUGAUUAAAAAAUGGCUUAUUCCCAUUUCAUAACCUUUGCAAACGAUUAUCAUCGAAGUGUACCGAAAUGUGUCUCAGGGAUAAUAGUCAGGCACGAAAAGAAAAGGUGCUGGCUUAGACCGUUUUUAACAAAUCAGGAAAAACCUUUGAGGGAAGGAUGUUGGUCCGACGUCGUCCAACAUUGUUUGGUAGUAUUAGAUCCGUUUUGAGGGCCCAUUCCCUCCCCCCACAAAAAAAAAAAAAACGAAAGAAAGAAAGAAAAAGAAAAAGAAGACCAAAGUUAGGUUCAUUUUAACCCAAAUUUCCAGUUGCAGUAAUACGGUACCUAUUUUCAUAUUUAUUUUUUGACGAAUGCUAUUCUGGCUUUCAAAAGAGGCGCAGGGGUCUUAUUUUAUCUUUGGUACUUGUUGCAAUUUACGUUAACGGAUAUCUCUUGUUUGUAAGGGCCCUGAUAUGGAGGCAGAAACCGUGAAGACUAAAGAAACUCUCGAGAGUGGUGGCGAUAAAAGUGCACGUAAAAAGCCCGAAAUUCCCGAAUUACUGUUUGACCCUGCUGUGCCUCCAGAUGAGUUCAUGUCCCUUCUUGAGCAGUAUUUGAAGGAUUUAGAUCUGUUAACCGAUGCUAACACGGGGGAAAGUCACAUUACUUUGGAUUUGUGGGACUUUGCCGGACAAGAUCUUUACUAUGCUUCGCAUCCAACGUUUCUAUCACAGCGUGCAGUAUACAUGCUGGUCUACAAUCUAAACAAAGGUUUAAAGGAGAUUGCCCAGCCCUGUGUCAGACAAGGUGAUCAAGACAUUAAACUCAAAAACCCCAAUCAAGAAACAAAUAUCGAAAAUUUGUUAUCGUGGCUAGUAUCAAUCUGCUCCUUGCGUUCAUCAGAAGAAAUGGAUGAGGAAAAAGCGAGAAACGAUCCAUACUAUCGCCCCCCUGUGUUUAUCGUGGGAACACAUGCUGACACACCAUGUGAAAACGUCGAUGAAAUGUUAUCUCAGAUUGAUAAAGAAAUUUCAAACCUGGAAAAGUCAUUAAAAAUCACGUGA